AUGCCCCGUUCUACCGCUCAUGAUGUGGCUCCUUACGAGCUUUCUUCAGACUCAGAGACCUGCUCUGAUACAGGAGCGACUACGCCAUCCACCAGAGCCAUGGACAUUGGUACACCACCAAAUGCGAAAGUUCGAGUCGACGCCGUCACAAAACAAUUAGACAGUAAACAACGCUGCCUCAUUACAAACGUCGAGUGCGACGAAGUGACUGAGUAUGCCCACGUCUUGGGGCAUGCUUUGGAGGACAACGAGGACUUGAUGGCCAGGCUUGAGUUUUCAUGGAGGCUCAUCUUUCGUGUUUCCGAUGUCUUGCUGAAUAUCAACACUUUUAAAAGCCGCACUUGUUUCCUAAGAUCGAGACUUGUUGCUCACCCUGAUAUGAAAAAUGUCCCCAUUCAUCGAAGGGACGAGACGCUUCCGAAAUCUCCCAGUGCUUUCCAGACGUUCGUCUAUCCAUUUGAAGGGUUUCCCACAAUUGUCUCUCACGUUCAUCCACGUUUCGCAAUCCGCAACGCUGCGCUUAAACUUAAAGGCCGCGAGACGGUCCAUGCCUUUGCUAGAGGAGAAGAAGGAGCGUUGUAUGAUGCGCUCGUCAAGAUCAUCAGCAUAUACGAAGGGUGGUCCAGUGUAGAUCUCCCAAAUGAUUUUCGUAAAGAGAGAAAUGUACCCAAGUUUGAGCCCCGCGACAAAAUUCACCAGGGAGUCAAAAGGGAUGUUCCAACGAAUGUCCCGGAUGCUGAACAUUCAGAUGACGAGGGCGACGCUCCUCCCACCAUUGCCGCAACCUCGGCUUAUCGCAGUGUACGGACUUACUGUUUGGCAAACGAAACACCUGCCGACCGAGCGGGCGAUUUCGAUCUCAAGAAAGCGAAGGCUAGAGUCGACACUGUCGCCGCAAAACGCUGCCUCAUUGAGAAUACCGACGAGACCAACGCCCUGGAGUAUGCCCAUCUUCUUAAUAGGGGAAGCUCCAACAAGACUUUGACAGCUUUGGAAUAUUCGUGGGGAAUGGGUUACAUGACUUUACAUGUCGAUACACGUUACAAUAUAUUCCGCCAACCAGCUAUCAUCGACGAAUAUCAUGCAGAGAUCACAAAACGUGCAGAAUUUCCUUCGCUCGAGAACCAUCAACCGCCGUACAGCUAUACUUUGGUUGCAAAUCAUUUGAUGGAGCAAGUCCCUAUUCAUGUCCAGCGUAGCACAGAGGACGCGAAUGAUAACGAGGUCAACGACAUGGUUGACUUCAAUUUAGAAGACGCAUUCGUCUGUCAUACCCUUCCCUUCCACCAAUUUCCUGUUAUCAAAUCCCACGUGCAUCCGCGCUUCGUCAUCUGCAAUUCUGGAGGUAAAUUGAACAAGUUCGUUUACUCGACAUCGCGAUAUAAUCAUUUCAACCCUUUGCACGAGACUGCCCUCCUCCAUAUCAAACAAAUCUAUGAAUCGUGGACCAAAGAGGACAUUGUUCCCCGGGAGUUCACUGCUUCGGGACCUUUGCAUCAAGAAAAUACACCAUUCGACUUCCCAGAUGACAAGACCGAGCAUCGACGUUUACGCUCUCACACAAAAAGGAAGCGUAUCUCCUCCCCGCUCAUCGAAGAUGUACCUUCCAAACCCUCGAGGCGAGCAAAAUCUGGAGGUGCCAACGACUCUGUCUGGCUCGACGACGCGACGCUUGGUGAGCUUGAACCAGAUCAGUCGCCUAAGAAGGCUUGGCACGACAAACUUGCCUGGAUUCAAUCCUGGGUGGGGCAGGUCCCGAUGGACGCGACCGUGGAAGAGGAUAUUGAGGUUGUGGACAAGCCAGCUUGUCAGACUUGUGACGAAUGCGUGUCGGAUUCAGAUGACAUGGAAUCUUUGUUAUCGUCUUAGGAGAUGAGGGAAAUAUGUCGUUUUUAUCCAUUUAUUGUAUGUUCUGGGCUUUUGAGACUAGAUCUCGAAAUGUAACUAUCUGUCU